AGUUAUUGAAACCAAAAGAGGAAGUUAUAUUGUUUUGGAAAAAAACAUAAUCACCAACUACGUAGACAUUUAAAUUUUAGUUUUCUGCAAAAUUACCAGAAUGUUUCAUACACCAGAUUACUAUUACAAUAUAUCCAUGAGACUGUCUGAGGUCCUGGAUGAUAUUGGAGUAAAUGAAAAUAUUGUGAUGAAGAGGAGGAGGACAUCUUUACUGACAGAAACUGUGUCGACAAUCAAUUCCAGAGCAAAUGGUAAACAAUGGACUGUUAAUAAUUUAGGGAGUCAAUCAGAAGGCACUACAACAAUAGGACUGCAAUCAGAUGCUGACACACUUUGCUGUAUAGAGGAUAUGAUUGUGAUACAGGACUGGUCUGAAUGGACUCCAGGUAAACUUAACUUCCUGAUGAUCCAGAAUGAAAAAACACCACCUGGUUAUUGUCUUCUACAGUUACUUAGAAAUGAUGCUCCUCUUCCUGAAACAGUUGAAAUGGAUAAUGAAUUUGUAAAUGAUACACAUGGACGGAUCUUGUUCAAGAACACAGUAAUAGAUGCUACAGUGAUAGAAGGACGUCAGCGACAAGGACCAUCAGCAGCAUCAGCUGCAAAACAAGGUUUUCUUGCACAGGACAUUGUAUUCGCACAUCCUUGUAUAUCAUGUCCCCAGUCAUUAAGAGCUUGGCUGCACCAGCAAGAAACAAAUACAUGGCCAACAGCAGAAAUGAAGAGAUUUGCAAAAUCAACAAAGUGUUUUGUUGUUGGUGUUGGCAGCAGAGCAAGUGAAAAUGCAGCCUUUGAAUGGAGAAUUUCUACCUCAUUAGCUGAACGCUGCUUGAUGUUCAAUUUGAAUAUUACUCAGAUAAAAUGUUACAUCUUAAUGAAAAUGAUUCUCAAAUCAUACAUUAAUGUUGAAAAUCUUGCCAAUGAAAGUUACAUUUCAAGCUUCAUGUGUAAAACUGUUUUAUUUCACUGUAUAGCAAGUAAACCUUUAUGUGUAUGGAAGGAAUCUAAUAUAAUAAACUGUUUAAAAUACUGCCUAUUUACACUGAACAGAUGUAUAUUGAAUGAACACUGCCCCCAUUUCAUUGUUCAUGAAAACAAUUUAAUGGCAGGAAAAUUUUCUGCUGAAGUCAAACGGCAAUUACUUGAAAGAAUGUCAACUUUGAUCCCAUUAGAUGGAAUUUCACUCUUUGGAAUUCAGAUUGACAACCUUGGUGAAAGACUUCAGGUUAAGCUCAAUAUGAUAAAUGAGCUACAUUAUGUUAUACCACAGCCAGAUGACUACACAAUAUCUAUAACGGUUGUUUUGUUAACUGAUAUGGUUCAAAGUGUUUUAAACAUAGUGAAGACAGAAGAUGGAAGAUUAGAAACACUAUUACACAAAGUGAUACAACUGAAAAGAUACUACAUAGCAGGUGACAUGUUAGAAAGGACAGCAUGCAGACUUCUAGUACCUUUACUUUGUACCUCAAUAGGAUCUCGGAUAGCCUCACAGAACAUUCAAAUUAACAACACAGUUUCUCCACAAGCAUUUACCUGGAUCGAAGCUGGACUGGACUCAGAUGUUGCUUCAAGCAGACUAAAACUUGCAUCUAUAAUGUACUGUGCAGGCAAUGCAGAAAUAGCUGCUUUAAUUCUUUCUCAUAUAGAAGAACAAUAUAAAAUAGAAGUAACUGAGUCUUUAUGUUCCUGCUACGUCUAUAAACCUUACUUUAAGACAGGAUUUUUACGACUUUCUAAUCAAUAUGGUGUAGAGGAUUUAAAAUAUAUUGUUGCAUUUUGUGUAAAAUAUUUCGCUUCGGAAAUAAACUGUGUACCACAUGAACUUCAGUAUGAAAUGUUUAGGUCAACACAAGAGGACCUGCUACAUAGAGGUGGAGAUGAUGACUGGAUGGACUGUGCUGUAGCAGACUCACUUCCAUACCUUUACUUUCUACAAUACAAAACAUAUUGUGUACUACAGAGACCCGAGGAACAGCAACAAGCACUGACCAAACUUCAGUGGGUCAUUAGAACAGAGCGCAAUCUUGGACAUAGAGAAACAGCACUGAAUUUACUAGGACAGUGCAUGGAACAGGAGAACAGACCUGUUGAUGCUCUACAAUGUUACAUGUCAUCUUUACGCCUCAGAGAAAGAAACAAUGCUGCUAGAUUUCAUAUAUGCAGGUGUCUGGCUAAUACAAACACAUAAAGAUUUACCUACCUGAACUGACUGGCGAUACAGAUUUUCAAUUAAUACAAUGACAGAAAUAAUUCACAUUUCAAAAUGCUAUCACUGUUGAUAUGAGCCAGUGUUAUUUUACCUACACUUAUCAGGAAUAGUUCUCAAUGAGAGAGAAUAUCAGUAAAACUUUGUCACCUGUUUUACCCACCCGACAGAAAAUGUUACCAUACUUGCAACAGGCACGUCAAAUUUCAGAAAUACAUCUACUUUGAGAUCAAAAUAAUAAUAUUUUAAAAAACAUCACCACUAUUGUAAAGUGGCAUAAUGUGUUUUUGGUACCGGUAAAUUUUUUAUAAAAGCAAUUUUCGGAGGCGGCUUUGGAUUUAAAUGAAUAAGAUAAAUAAUAAUGAUGCAGAAGUAUUAGAAGUUGAUGCUUUAGAAAGAAAUAAAUCCGACUAUUGAAAUAAUUCUUUUCUUUAAUUUUCUGUGAAGUGAUCUCCCUUACCUAUAGGUAGAGGUUACUGAAGUUGAAGGGAAGAAACUCUUGCGUGCAGUUCUACUUUUCUGAAAAAAUUGCCCCAGUCAAAA